GGUGGUGGUUCCUUUAGUUGUAGUAUAUAAAGCCCAAGGUUGCAGUAUUGGCUACAAAUGCAUGAAAGGGUGAGUUAUAUGUUAAGCGAACAGAUGGAGUCGAAACGGUUGACGAUGCUUCUGGUAGUGUUAUUAAGGUUAGGAGGUAGGCUGUGUGAGGGGUGCUUGGAGGAAGAAAGAACUGCUCUCUUCCAACUUAAACCUUUCUUCAGUUUUAUUGAUGUAGGUUUUUAUUCAAUAGGCGAAAAAGAUAGAUCAUGGAAUUGUUGUGAGUGGGAAAGAGUUAAGUGUAACCUAAUCACUAAACGAGUCACUCAUCUUUUUCUUAAUGAUUCAAACAUAAUAAUAUUAGAAGACGUAGAGCCUAGCUGGGAUGAUAUGAUUUAUACAAAGCCCCCCAAUGAUCUGUAUUACGAUAGUUGGAGAAAUAAGAUGAAAUUUUGGUAUCUCAACGCUUCCUUGUUUCUUCCAUUUAAGGAAUUACAUAUGCUUUAUUUGAGUGGAAAUUCUAUUGUUGGUUGUGUUCAUAACGAAGGUUUUGAAAAAUUAUCGUUGGAAUUGAACAAGUUGGAGAUCCUUGACUUAAGUUACAAUAAUUUCAAUGAUAGUAUUUUAUCAUCCUUAAGUGAACUUUCAUCUCUCAAGUCUUUAAAUCUAGCAAAUAAUUUACUCACAGGAACAAAUCCUGUCAACGGUAUUAAGAUGUUAUCAAAAUUGAACCAAUUGGAGACAUUGGAUUUAUCUAAUCACUAUGGUUUAGGAAACAAUGUUUUAUCACUCUUAGAUGGUUUUGCCUCCUUAAAAUCAUUGCGCUUGCAAGAUUGUGGAUUGAAAGGAACUGUUAAUAUGCUAGAAUUCAGUAAUCUGAUGAAUUUGAAGGAGUUGUAUUUAUGUAAAAAUAAAAUUAAGAGCCUCAGGUCUGUAUUUUAUGAAAAAAAUGGACCGAAGGUAAACAAACUUGAAGUGCUUGAUUUAAGUGAAAAUAUGCUCAACAACAGCAUAUUCUCAUCUCUUGGUGUGCUCUCAAAUUUGAAGUAUUUGUAUUUAUACCAUAACAAAUUGAAGGGGCGGAUACAUAUGAAAGAUUUAAAUUCUUUGAGAUAUUUAAAGGAACUGGACUUAUCAGAUAAUAAAGUGACAGAACUUGUUCCAUCCCAAGGAAAAGGAGAAAUGGGGUUGAUUAAACUUGAAGUGCUUGCUUUAACUGAUAAUCAUCUUAACAACGAUGUAUUUCCAUCCCUUGCUGCACUUCCAAAUUUAAAAUCUUUAUAUUUAGAGGGAAACAGAUUGGCAGGGCAGAUACAUAUUAAAGAUUUAAAUGCUCUGAAAUAUUUAGAAGAGUUGAGGUUAUCAGGUAAUGGUGUGACAGGAUUUGCUCCAUCUCAAGCAGAGCUAAGGUUGAUGAAUCUGAGAGUUGUUGAUUUAAGUGAUAAUCUCUUCAAUAAUACCAUAUUAUCAUCUCUUGCUGGGCUCUCAAAUUUAAAGACUUUGAGUUUGUGGAAUGUAAGAGGACCAAUAGAUAUGAAUGAUGGUUUGAGGAAUUUGGAAGAGCUGCAUAUGAGCUGCUAUUCAGGAUGUACUUUUAACCUUCACCCACCUUUACUUCCGUCACUGAAGACUCUAUCCUUGAAAGGAUUUAGUUUUAAUUUAACAACAGAAGCAUCUCCUUCCCACAAUAAAUGGCAAAUUUUGGCAAAUUUGGUAGAUUUGAUAUUAGAGGAUUCAUCUCUUCCUCUCAACUUUAUUCCAACGCUGUCUUCCUUGAAAUAUUUGCACUUAUCUUCUUGUUAUGUCAAUGACAGCUUCUUUAUGCAUGAAAGGCAAAACUUGAGAAAUUUGGAAGAGUUGCUGUUGGAAUAUUCAUCUCUACCUUCCAAUUUUAUUCAAGUUAUUGGACCACUUACUUCUCUUAAAAAAUUUUACUCGCCUCUUCCUCGUAAUGUUAAUCAAAGUUUGUCUGAUUUUUGUAAAAUGACAAAUCUCCGAGAGUUGUUCAUCUCCGGCAAUAAUCUCAAAGGUAGUUUACCUAUGUGCUUCUCCAACCUUACAUCUCUUGAAAAAUUAGACCUCUCUUUCAAUGACUUGUCUGGAAAUAUGUCUGCCCUUAAAAGUUUGGCAUCCCUCCAACGGUUGGACCUCUCUUUCAAUGACUUGUCUGGAAAUAUGUCUGCCCUUAAAAGUUUGGCAUCCCUCCAAUGGUUGGACCUUUCAUACAAUAAGCUUCAAAUCCCAAGCUCAUUAGGGUACUUGUUCAACCUUUCAAAGCUCCAGUACUUGAGUGCAAGCAACAACAUCAUAUACGUUGAUGAGAUGCAUUCCGUGGCCCCAAGAUUUCAGUUAAGAGUGAUUAGUUUAUCAUGUUGUGGAAAUGGUGGAUCAUUUCCUCAAUUCCUCUAUCAUCAACAUGACUUGGUGGAUGUUACUCUCUCACACAUACAUUUCAAGGUAAAUCAAUUUCCAUUUUGGUUGUUGGAAAACAAUACCAACUUAAAGAGACUACAUCUGGUCAAUUGCUCUUUGUCCGGACCUUUCCAAGUACCAUUCCCCUCGCAUUUGGUUUUAGAGGAUUUAGAUAUCUCCAACAAUUUCUUUAGUGGAAACAUUCCAACAGAAAUCGGAGCACAUCUACCAUCCUUGUCGUCUCUAAACAUGUCAAAGAAUGAUUUCAACGGUAGCAUUCCCUCUUCCUUUGGUGAUAUGAGUUCACUGCAAAUCUUGGACUUAUCUAACAACCAAUUGUUUGGAGGGAUACCUGAACACUUUGCCUGGGGUUGCUCUUUAUUAGAAAUCCUUGCAUUGUCAAAUAACACAUUACAAGGACCAAUUUUCUCUACAAAUUUUAGCUUAAUGAGCUUGUCCCAGCUACAAUUAAAUGGAAAUAACUUCUCUGGAAUGAUCCCAAAUGCCUUGUCUAACUGCUCUUUCUUGGGGACACUUGAUCUCAGCAAUAACUAUCUCUUUGGUAAGAUACCAAGUUGGAUCGAGAGCAUGUAUAGUUUGUCAACAUUUGACGUGAGCAGAAACCAACUCUCCGGUAGGAUACCACAAUGGAUGGGAAAUACUUCCAAUUUGGGGCAAAUUGACGUGGCAGAUAAUCAUCUUCAAGGUUUAAUACCACGGGCAUUUUGCAAUCUCAAUCGCCAACUUCAAUUUUUGGACCUUUCCAUGAACAACUUCUCUGGGAUUCUACCGUCUUGUUUCAAGCCGUCAAAUAUAGAGGAAGUUUAUUUGUCUAAAAAUAUGCUGCAAGGACCGCUGCCAAAUGCUUUUCGUAAAAGCUCUUUCUUGGUGACUUUGGAUCUUAGCUAUAACCACUUCAGCGGUCACAUUCCAAAUUGGAUUAGUAACCUUUCUCAGUUGAGUUAUCUUCUCUUGAAGAGAAAUCACUUUGAGGGUGAAAUUCCAAUUCAAUUGUGUAAGUUGCCUCAUUUAAGCUUGAUUGAUCUUUCAAUGAACAAUUUGUCCGGUGGUAUUCCUUCUUGCCUAAAAGUUACUGCACUCAACAAGGUACCCGACCAUUAUAGUUGGAUUUCUUAUAAUUUUUUUGGGGAAAAUAGGUCAAUAUCCAUUGAAGAAUCAAUAGAAUACACAAUAAAGAGCAGAUCUUACACAUAUAAGAAAAGAAUCCUUCAAUACAUGUCUGGAAUUGAUCUUUCCUGCAACAAGCUUACUGGUGAGAUUCCUCAUGAAAUAAAAAACAUUUUGAUGCUCUAUACAUUGAACCUUUCUCACAACAGCUUGAUAGGACCAAUCCCACGUGAGUUCUCUAACCUCAGGGAUAUAGAAAGUCUAGAUCUUUCCUACAACAAUUUGACUGGAAAUAUCCCUCCUGAAUAUGCGUUGUUACAUUUCUUGCAAUACUUCAAUGUGUCUUACAACAACUUAUCAGGGAAGACCCCUGAAAAGAUUGGACAAUUGGGAACAUUUGAUGAAAGCAGCUAUGUGGGGAAUCCUUUUCUUUGUGGCUCAUUGGUAGGAAAGAACUGCUCACCGAUUGCACCAACAAAGGCUCCGAGUGACGGUGCAAAAGACCAUGGCUUCAUUGAUAUGGAUGCCUUCUACGCAAGCUUCUUCGCGUGUUACAUAGUGGUGCUAUUGUGUAUUGGAGCUGUGUUAUACAUAAAUCCCUAUUGGAGGCAAGCGUGGCUCUACUAUGUACAAAUGACAAUUAAUUCCUGCUACUAUUUUGUGAUGGACAAUCUCCCCAGAAAUUUUGGCUGUUGAAAUAUAUAGCUAAGCAAAAAUUUAAAUA